CUCAUAAAUAAAGUGCGGUUAUGUUAUUAUUGAUGUUCUGUCCUUGAACGUCGCAAUGGGACUUUUGAAAGCAAAUAUACUUCAGAAAUGUUUUAAAGUGACCGAAUCAGUCAAAAUACCCGUUGUAUGGAAAUGUAGUUUGCAUUUAUCUCGUGGAGUCAGCUCUGAAUAUAUCCAAGGGCAGUCCCCGGAACAGUCUAUAAGAGAAUAUUUUUACUAUAUCAAUCAUGAAGGAAUGUUGUUUCUUGAUGAUACGAAAAUGAAGAAUUUUACAUCAUGCUAUAAAGAUAUUAGGUUUUUGCAGUUCUUCUUCAAACGGCUGAGACUCAACACGACAGACCGCUACCCUGAGUUCCCGUUCGUGUCGCUGUGCGGACGCGAGCGCAACUUUGUCCGCUGCGACGACUGCCCCGUGGUGUUCACGCACGUCGCCGGGGAGCGCCUGCACUACGGCCACGCGGGCGACCUGCUCAGCACGCAGUUCAAGCCCCACAGCCUGUACAUGUCGCCCGCCUCGGGCCGCGUCUACCACCCGGCUCUGGCCACGUCCGGCUCCGUGGGGCUGGUGCAGUCCAAGCUGGCCAUCGAGCUCAGCCGCCACUUCACGUUCGCGAACGGCGAGGAGAGCGGCCCAACCCACUUCCGGUGGAGAGGCACGGAGUACGUCCUCCAGACGGACUGGUACGAGCGAGCGCGGGGGCCCAAGAAAGUGGCCGACAGUGCUCGUGAAUCUCCCGGUGACAAAAAUAAGGAACAGUCCGUUGCAGUCUAGGUGAUUUUUUUUUAUUGUGUAAGUAUGAAUGUAAUAAUGGGACUGAAAUUGCAUUACAUACAUUUAUCUAUUACUACUUAUAUAUUUUUGGGUUUACAAGGCUUCUUCAAUCUGAGGUCUUCCUGUAAGUGUACCAUAAAUUACACCCUUGUUUUACAGGAGACAGAAAAAUUUAAUUGAGCAAAAAAUACAUUUAGUGAUUAUUUUAUUACUAUCAAACCAAAUUUCUUGUAAAUUAUUCCAAUAUACUAACUGUAUGGUACAUAAUACAGCAUGUUAAAAAAUAUGCACAUGUUAAAUAUGUUCUGAUUUAGUUUAUGAAAAUUGUUCGUAAUACUAAGCAUAAAAACUCUCCAGAAAUAUUUUAAAACGUUGAGUACCACCCUGAAUAUUUCUUUGGUUGAAAGUUAAUCAUUGGGUUAACCUGUUCCUCAACAACACCACCACAUACAGGGCAUGCCAAGUAACUUGGGUCCUCACAAGUAAAGGUUUCUUAAAUUUAGGUGCUCAACAAAAAGGUUUGUCACAGUAACUUAUCAGUUAGAAAACAAGAAUGUCUGUGUUUAUCAGAUGGAUUAAAUUCCCAAUUGUAUUGAAGCUAUACUGCAGUAUAGAGGGUUCCUUCAUAAUUGUUUUGUGGUUGAAUAAAAGAUGUUACCUAAAUAAAAGGGCUGGUAGUAUUGAAUUUUGACUCUUUUGAAAAAAUAUAUAUUUUUUGAGAUUAUUUCCCAUUGCAAGGGAAAAAAAUCUUUGGAAAUAAGCAAAUUCAAAUCAGAUUGCAGUAAUUACUGAUAUUUAACAACUGUAUGUAUGUACAUACUUAAACAGUACUACAUUAAUAUAGGUAAUUAAUUGUAAUGUAAAAUGUUAUUAGGUUAGGUACUACCUACAUUGUUGAAAGUUAAAUAUAUAUAUAUUAUUAUAAAAUAUGUAUAUAAUAUAUAUACAUUCUGUAAUAUUCCUUAUUCAUAAGAAACUUAUAAAUAUGAAAAUAUAAAGUACAGCUAAGCAUUUUUUUGAAAUGCAAUGUCUAAAGCUAAGGUGUUAUGGUUUUACACUUCAACAAAUUUUGUUCUUAUUGUUCUAUCAUUUUUAUUUUUAAAAGUAUUGGGCAUUAAUAUAUUAAACUACUCAAAUAUCCAAACAUUAAAUGGUGUUACUGGAACUGCUAAACAUAAUUUCAACUUUAAAUUUCACAUUUUUGUUUAUCUUAUAUAAUUAUUAAUAUGAAUGUACUACGUAUGACCAACACUUGAAAACUGUAGCCAGAUGGGGUCCAACACACCCUUUUUUUUAAUUUUAUUUUAUAUUUUAUUUACUUGGGUCUCGUGCCUGUUCGACAGUGAGGCUAUUAAAAUACAGGCACAUAAAAAUUAAAUGCAGGUAAUUUGGGGAAGGAAUUCGCCAUGGCCUAUUGUAAGGAACUAGGCUUCUGAAAAUCCUGUUCUUUUUUAUCAGGUAUCAAAUUAUUCACGAAUAUCAUAUAUUUUUAUUAGUAGAAUUCAAACAUAUAUAUAACUUUUUUGGUAAAUAUGUAGUGUACGGAUUAGCGCCAAAAAAAAUCGUACAAAUAUGAAAUAACUUUCAUUAUGCUCUUUUACGUCCUCUUUUCAUAACCGCCUGCGGAGAUAAAAAAUUCCAAUUACUUUUGGAUAUAUCGCCGUUCUUAUUUUGCAAUACAAGACGUAUGUAAUAAUUCGACCGUUGCCAUUUUAUAUUUUGCCGUGUGUGCGUGAAUGCCUAAAUAACAGAAAUUUUCCAUUUGGUAAGGUUAGUUACAUUAUAAAUACUUCAAAAUAAACGAAAAUUAAAAAUAACAUCAAUUAAUUUUACUUCUAUAGUUUAAAGUAUUUAUAAUGUAGCUGACCUGACCUAACAAACCGGGACUAAGGAUGAACAGUAUGAACUCACAUAAUUUUCUUUUUACAUGAUGUAGUCAUUCACGUGGGAGACCUAAGAUGCACAUAAAGUUCUGCCAUUCCCGAUUACACCCGAACAAUUCACCUUCAGCCAACUUCGGGAUUUGUUUUAUUUUUGCGCAGGAAAAAUGAAUUCAAAUAUUAAAAGUGGUCGGUUAGGUUAGCUACAUUAAAACACUUUAAAACACUAUGGACGGUUAGUUAGGUAAGUAUAGCUACAUUAAAAUAAACAGAGAAAUAUAAAUAUUAAUAAAUAAAACCCGAGGUUGGCCGAAGGUGAAUUGUUCAGGUGUAAUCGGGGAUGGCAGAACUUUAUGUGUUUCUUAGGUUUCCAUGUUCACGUACGUCGCAAAAAAAAAAUCAUACUUGUAAACAAGCAACAAAGAAUGCCGCACGAGUGCUCAGGAUGAAAAUUAAAAAAUUCAAUAUCUCCUAAAGUAUUUGGAAUUUCUUAUCUCCGCCGGGUUUAAUGAAAAGAGGAAGUUAAAGAGCACAGAAUAAAAGUAUUUUCGGAAUUUAAAAUUUUUUUUUAACAAAUUUCGCCCAAAUAUGAAAAUUAAAAAAUUCGAUAUCUCCUAAAGUAUUUGGAAUUUCUUAUCUCCGCAGGCUGUAAUGAAAAGAGGACGUAAAAGAGCAUAUAAUGAAAGUUAUUUCAGAUUUUUAAAAAUAUUUUUGACGCUAAUCCGUACACUACAUAUUUACCCUUUUUUUCCACCCUUAACAGAAGUUCAUGAAAAAAUUGUUCAAAAAUACAGUCAAAUGAAAAAGAAAAAUAUACAUGGAACCAUAAUAGAGUGAAGUAAAAUGCUAGAAAAAAAAAACGUAGGCGAUGUAUUUUGUUAUAAAAAUUUUAAGUUUGAAUAUUGUUUUGUUGAUAAAACUGGUUAUAUACCUACAAAAAAUUUGAUUAUUUUAAAUAUUUGUAAGCAUAAUCAUAUAUUAUUUAUUACAAAUAAAAAGCACAUAGGUACUACUUAUGUUGCAGAAAACAAAUCCAAAUAUCUCAAAUCUUCUUGGCCUCAUACAUGUUACAAGUACACACUUCUCAUUAAGAUUUUUCGUUAAUGUGUCCCACUUGUUGUAUCUAUUGGUAAUGAAUAAUAAAAAACCUUAAGUAUUUGAUUUUAAAUUGAAUACUGAAUAUUGUACUGGCACAACUAUACAGAGUACUGAUACUCAAUUUAUUAUUAUUUUUGUGCUAUUGUCACAAGUGAAUACUAUUUCAUGUGUACAAAACCUGGUACCUUCACUACAGACAUUGCUUUUACAGUGUUGCCGCCACCACCACCACCACCACCUUGUGCACGAGUGGUGUUUGUAGCAUAUAACCUACAGAAGUAGUGUUGACCAAUAAAGAAACAAAUUUUGUCAUGAAA